CCGAGGCCGAGAGCCGCACGCCUCACCACCACACGACUCCUCCUCUCCCCCAACCGCAACUACUGCACGAAAAAAAAAGUUUCGCUCCCCUCUCGCGGCGUAUUUCCCUUCUCUCUCUCUCUCUUCCCCGUCGCGUGGCCGGCGGGAGGCGCGGCGAAGCGCGCGGCGCCGGUGUCCAGGAUUUUAUGCAUGGCAGAAAACAUGAAAUUUGCUGAAGGGUCGUACGUGGCCAACGAAUUGGAUAUGCUCUCUCUGGCUUCAUCAGUAUAUACUGCUCCAUUAUUUCAAACAGAAUUUGAUUCAGUUUAUGUGCCUGAAUAUGGGGACGUGGGUAACAGUCAGGAUGGCCUAUUUCCUGGUUUAUUCAUUUCAGAUGGCUUUGUUUUCCCUCCAAGCGAGCAUGAGAAUUUGCCAAUAGAAUCUGAUCUUGAUGGAUCGAACAACAAUAACAAUGGUCAAGAAAGCAGCUGUGCUGGGAAUAUCUAUGAGGGUUGUAAUGAACCAGCCAAAGAAGUUGAUGGCAGAAGUCUGUCUGUUAGUGGUGACCUGCACUCUGCCAACGAAACUACUAUCCCGAAUUUAGAGCCACCUGAAAUACGUGCUGAACAAGAGAAAGAUAAUGCAACCAUCAAGUGUGAUCUUCCAUGUGAAGGAUGGUUGAAAAGGAAAUCAAAUUGUCUUUCUCACCGUAUGAAAGGAGUGACGACAGUCUGCACUAUUGUGGCAGCUGGUGCUUUGAUGGGCUUUGUUAUAAUAGGUCAGAGGUGGCAGCAGGACAAAUUGCACCUUCAUCAUUUUCAGUUCAAUAUCGGCACUGAGGGCGUCAACAGAAUCGUUGGAAUAUUCAGCCGUUGUAAGGAUGCGCUUCCCAGUAGUCAGCAGCUCAAGUCUCUGCUUCCGACUCGCGUGCUCCCUCAAGAGCCAGUGAGUGCGUGAGUGGGACUCGCGUGGCAAAUUUUGAUGGCAGGCAUCGCUAUAAUUGAGUUUUUGUUUUCUGAUAUGGUUGGAGGUAGCAGAUUAUUUUUUGUACUAGCGCAACCGUUUGAUCUUUGUCCUUGUGUAAAUUUGUGGGGGUAUUGAUCUUGCUCGUGGAACCAAAACAUCAUUAUUUGUACUCUGUACUCCGUACGUACUAAUUGUAAAAAUACAGGAGAACAACACACGCGAACAUCUAUCUGUACCUGCUUUUUUGCCGCUGAUAAUUGCUACUCUCUCUUUUUCACGUUAA